AUGUUCUUUAAAAGAAUCUAAGCCAAGACCUAAUAAAGAGAUGACAGAAGAGGAGAAUGCUAAGAAGCUGCUUAUGAUUACUAAUAAAGAAGAGCUGCAAGAGACAAAGAUAGAUAGACUGUCAGUGAUUUGAUUGGUAUCUUGAACACUAACAUGAGAGAUCUUAAAGAAUACAUUGCUUUAAGAAUUGCUGCUGGUGAUAAAGACCUUGAAUGAAAUUGAUAAAUUAUAACAUUAAAAUAGUAACUAAAUCAAUUUCAAGUUUUAAAA